AUGUCUUCGAAAAAUGGAAGCAAAUGCCGCUCGAUGCGUGUGGUGUUGGUGAUCAGUAAUACGAACUCUACGCUAUCACAGCAUGUCUACAAAGACGUACAAGAAGCCUGCUCUAAAGUUGGUAAAAUAUGUCCAGAUCUCAUCGCAUUCGAGCACCUGGAUUUUGGAGAAACUACUGUGCUGGACAUGCUCUACCUUGCUGAUGUUGCAUUUGUGGAUAUGUCUGUCUUUAGUCAUCAGUCGCCAUUAUUUUAUCAUCUCGGUGUUAGAGAGAGUUUUGGAAAGACAGAAAAUGUAGUUUUAUAUCACCACACUGAACCAGAGACAAUGUUAUCGUUAAAGCAUUCCUGUGUGAGUUCUGGAUAUGAAUUCAUUCCAUAUCAACAAGACACCAAUGGCAAGUUAUAUGUAUGUGAUGUAGCAUGUGUUAGGAUAAACACUGAUGGUAAGACGGAUCCACCUGCAGAGCUAGCAGCAACUGUUUGUCCUCCAUUGGUGACCAGGCUGAAAAGCAAACUUGAUGAUAUACAAGUGACAUCCAGUAUCAAUGCUCGAGAAGCAUUACUUAAUGAUAUUCGUAAAACCAGAGAGAAGUUCAAAGGAGAGGAUCUUGCCAAGGAAUUAACUGUUUUAAAGCACCGUAUGGAUGAACAAAGAUUAUUAACCAGUGAUAUUAUUCAUCAAUUUUUGCUGUCAUAUAGAGAGAUACAGGAUUAUGAUUCCAUGGUGACUCUAGUUGAGGCUAUUAAUAAGUUUAAUGACAACAUAACACAGAAAUCUGCUAUUCAAAUACUAUACAUUUUUGCCCUGAACAGGAGAAAGAAAGAAGGUGAUAGAGAGAAAGCUUUGCUCACAAUCACUGCAUGUUUAGAGAAAAAAGAAAAUCAAGUACCUGAUGUAUUUUGUUUGUGUGGACGCAUUUAUAAAGAUAUCUAUGUUGAAUCUGAAUAUUUAGACUCACAAGCAAGAGACAAUGCCAUUUACUGGUAUCGUCGUGGUUUCGAAGUGCAACCUAAUGAAUAUGCUGGUAUAAAUCUGGCAACAUUGUUAGUUUUAUCUGGUAAAGAAUUCUCAAAAUGUCAAGAACUACAAAGAAUUGGUGUAUCAUUAAAUAAUUUAAUAGGAAGGAAAGGAAGUUUAGACUCAUUACAAGAUUACUGGGAUGUUGCUACAUUCUUUGAAAUCAGUGUUCUUGCCCAGGAUUUAAACAAAGCUGUACAAGCUGCAGAGUGUAUGUUUAAAUUAAAACCACCAGAAUGGUAUUUGAAAUCUACAUUGGGUAAUAUACAGAUGAUCGUCAGUGUGCAAGGCCUCAAUGAAGAAUCUCUCACUCCAGAACAGCAACUUCUAAACUUCUGGUUAGACUUCUUUGUUGAGGCCACAAAACCAGAGAUAUCUGAUGUAAGGUUUCCUGUACUGGUAUUAGAACCAACCAAAGAAUUCAUGCCAAGUUAUGUGAUGAUUAAUGCUGAUGCAGAGGAGAAGGUAAGCUGAGAAAUGUGUUGCACUAGUAUUCGUUUAUGGCAUGUGGUUUAUGAAGACAGUGAGACAAAGAGAAUCCAUGAAUGGUUAUUUACUGCAGAAUCAAUCAAAGGAGUUAGUUUAUACAAACGAGAUGAACGAUGUGUAUUUUUGUACGUACAACAAAAUGCUGAUGACUUUCAGAUGUUCUUUUCUUCUGAACGCCAAAGGAAAUGGUUUUAUGAAUUGGUUGUGAAUUUGACUGAUAAUCAAGACAGAUUGGCUGUAGGUGAUCCGGAAUCUGAUUUGUCUCUAGAACCAAUAGCGUAUGAAUAUGAGAUAGGAGAUAAUGGUCAGAGAGUAAUAUUAGGCAGAGGUACAUAUGGUAUAGUGUAUUCUGCUAGAGAUUUAACAACACAGGUUGGCAUUGCUGUCAAAGAAGUGCCAGAAAGAGAUCAAAGAGAAGUGCAGCCAUUGCAUGAAGAGAUACGUCUUCAUAUGCGAUUAAAUCACAAGAAUAUUGUCAAAUAUUUAGGAUCUACAAGUGACAGCGGUUAUUUUAAGAUAUUCAUGGAACAAGUACCUGGAGGAAGUUUAUCAGCAUUAUUACGAUCAAAGUGGGGACCAUUAAAAGAUCAUGAACUCACCAUGGCAUUUUAUACAAAGCAGAUUGUAGAAGGACUUAAAUAUUUGCAUAAUCAAAAGAUUGUACAUCGUGAUAUAAAAGGUGACAAUGUCUUGGUGAACACUUACAGUGGACAGGUGAAAAUAUCAGAUUUCGGCACAUCAAAGAGAUUAUCUGGAAUUAAUCCUUGUGCUGAUUCUUUUAAAGGGACUUUGCAGUACAUGGCUCCUGAAGUUAUUGAUAAAGGUAUCCGUGGUUACGGUGCACCAGCUGAUGUUUGGUCAUUAGGAUGUACGGUAGUAGAAAUGGCAACUGGUAAACCACCUUUUAUCGAGUUGGGAUCACCUCAAGCUGCAAUGUUCAAAGUUGGUUUUUAUAAAGAUCAUCCAGAGAUACCUGAUUCAAUGUCACAAACUGCCAAAGACUUUAUUCUCAGGUGUUUUAGAAUUGAUCCUGAAAAGCGUGCCACUGCCUCAGAUUUAUUGAGUCAUAAGUUUCUUGCCAAGGAAAAACCAAAAAUCAAAGUAACAACAGAGCAUCCACAGUAUGGUAGAAGUCAUUCAGUUCCAUUAUCUAAAUUAUUAUUAGAACCCAGUUCAGCAGCAAAGAAGGCACAUAAAAGUGUUUCAUCAACAUCAGAUUCUUUUACUUCAACAGUGGAUGAUGAUCUCAGGGAUUGGGAUGACAUGGUUACUAACAUGGAUGCUAUCUUACAAAUGGAUGAAGGUGGUACAGUGCCUGUUGACAGACAGACUUCAAGAUUGAGUGAGGUUUCAGAUUCUACAACUCCAAUAACUCCAGAAACAUCAGAUGGAUUUUAUAUACUUCGUAAAGACAGUGAAAGGAGGGUCACGUUAAUACAAGUAUUGAAAGAAGAUCAGGAAAAGUUAGUUGAUACUUGGUAUAAUAGAGUACAGAAAGAUUCAGCAGGAACACCAGUUAAAUUAACAAAGGAACAUUUUGAAACCUUGUUGGACUGCUUAAGACAGUAUAUAAAGGUACAAGAUAAGGAAUACAUCGUUAAAGCAUUAGGUCAAAUAAAGAAAGAAAUAGAAUUUGAUGCCAAUGUGUUGAAUGAACUACAGUUGGUAUUAUAUGUGUUUCAGGACUGUGUAUGUGAGCUUUUAAGACAGCAUAGCAUCAAGCCACAUUGGAUGUUUGCAUUUAAUAAUAUUAUCAAGAAUGCAGUAGACAAUACUAUUAUUAUACUGGCACCAGAGUUGGGCAAUGAUAUGGGUGAACAUUUGGAUGAAGUUCAUGCUAACUCAUCAGGAGUAUCCUCACUGAGUAGUAAUAAAGAAAGAUAUGAAGAUGAUUCUGUGAAAAUUGGAUUACGAUCACAAAUACAAGAAUUAUCAAAAGAGAACACACGAUUAAUGACAGAUUACAUCAGAUUACAAAGAGAUUACCAAGAGUUGCUGAAAAGUCACAUCGAAGAGAAAACACAACUAGUAGAACAAUUAAGGCAACAAUCAAAAACUGAAUACCCAUUAUCAAGUGAAUCAAAGGUGGUGCUAGAGUACGUAUAUGGGAUGCUAUUUGUAAAUAUCGAAGUAACAGAACAACUGACUGAUGAUACAAAUGCAGUGCAGUAG